AAAAACGUUUUCCACCUGCACAGGUACCUGCGCGCGAGGCAGCAGCACGUCACAGCGGUGAUGGCGGCCGACCGGCGCGAGGACAAAGACGGAGAACUCAAUGUUCUGGAGGAUUUACUGACUGAAGCUCCAGAUCAGGAUGAUGAACUCUACAACCCUGAGACAGAGCGUGACGUCAGCGACAAGAAAGGAACAAAGAGGAAGAGUGAGCGCUCUGACAGCCAGGAUCUGAAGAGGCUCCGCCCCUCUUCGAGCCACGCCCCCUCCAGAUCAUCUUCCACCAAUAAGAGAGCCCCAGGGCCACCCCUGUCCUCCUCCUCUAAAAAGGCGUCCAGCCCUCGUGGACGCCACAGCACCGCGGCCUACCGACAUGAAUACUACGAGGAGCGAAAGGGGCGGCGUGGGGCCCGUGAGGCCACCAGGAGCCGCGGUGGAGAGGACGCACGGCGGCGAGAGUCACAGAGAGGCCUGGAGGUUCUGAGCCAGAAGCUGCGGCGUGAUGAGCGGCGCGCCAGCCCCUCCCCCCAUGAAGAGGGCAAUCAAUCAGAGGAGGACACAGCAGCGGAGUACGGCUCAGAGCCGCCGUCGGGAAGCUCCUCCCCCGCCGCCUCCCACGUAGAGGAUGAAGACGAGGAGGAUCAGGAGGACGAGGAGGAGGAAGACGACGAAGAGGGGAUGGAGGAGGAAGAGGAGGAGGAGGAGGAAGAGGAGGAGGAGGGAGAGAAGGAGGAGGAGGAGGAGGAGGAAGAAGACGAGUACGAACGGCGAGGAGGCGGCGAAGGAAACGACUACGACACUCGCAGCGAGGCCGGUGACUCGCGCUCCGCCUCCUCCGUCAGCUUCUCUGAUGAGGGCGAGUCGGCACGCUCAGGCUCCGCCUCCGAGGCCUCAGGUUCUGAAAAGAAGCGGGAGAAGCUGUCCUCAUCAGUCCGAGCUGUUCGUAAAGGGAUGGAGAAUCCGACCAGCAAGCUGCGCUACAUCCUACGAGACGCCCGAUUCUUCCUCAUCAAGAGCAACAACCACGAGAAUGUGUCGCUGGCCAAAGCAAAGGGCGUUUGGUCGACGCUGCCGGUCAAUGAGAAGAAGCUGAAUGCAGCUUUCCGCUCGGCUCGGAGUGUCGUUCUUGUCUUCUCUGUGAGGGAGAGCGGCAAGUUCCAAGGUUUUGCUCGUCUGGCAUCGGAGUCCCAUCAUGGCGGCUCUCCGAUUCACUGGGUUCUUCCUGCUGGCAUGAAUGCCAAGAUGCUGGGCGGAGUCUUUAAGAUCGACUGGCUCUGCAGGAGGGAGCUCCCGUUCAUAAAGACCGCCCACCUGACCAACCCCUGGAACGAACACAAGCCCGUGAAGAUCGGACGUGACGGACAGGAGAUACAGCCAGACAUCGGAGCUCAGCUCUGUGCCCUGUUCCCAUUGGACGAAAGCGUGGACGUCCACCAGGUGGCUCGCCGUGUUCGUCACAAACGUCGGACGCCGUCAGAGCCGCGGCCCAGAGGCAGACCGCCACAGCGAGAGCCGGGAAGGCGUCGACCUGAAGAGUACGACAUCCACGGCAGGAAGCGGCCGCGAGCUGACGGUCCGCCUGACUUCAGCCAGCGAGCAGGGUUCAUUCAGGACCUUCGGAACCAGCCAGUGGACAGACGAUUUUCCAGCGUAAGACGAGAUGUUUUUCUCAAUGGGUCCUAUAAUGACUACAUGAGGGACUACCACCACAGCGUCGGGCCUCCGGCUCCCUGGCAGACUCUGGCGGCGUACCCCGGCGUGGAGCAGCCACCGACCCACCACCCCCCCUACUACCACCACAGCCACCCCCCGCCCCCCCCUCACCAGGCGUACCAUCACCACCACCACCCCCCCAUGCCACCACACGAGGCUCCGCCCCCUCGCUUCAGAGACAAACAGCGCGUCCCGCAGCACCGCGCCUUCACAUCCAGCCCGCACGACUACGACAUGCGGGUGGACGACUUCCUGCGGCGGACGCAGGCAGUGGUGAGCAGCCGGCGAGAGCGGGAGCGGCAGCGUGAACGAGAGCGAGGCGGACCUCGCCGCGACCGAGAGCGAGAGAGAGCGAGGGACCGAGACAGAGAGAGAGAGAGGGACAAGGAGAGGGGGCGGUACCGCAGGUGACCUGAUGAUGUCAGAGGGGGCGGUACCGCAGGGGGAUUCUAUGAUGUCACAUCCUGUCAGCCCACAGGGCUUUUAUUCUGUCAGUCAGCAGUGAUUUGACUGAUUUCCUGUUUUUGUUGAAAAUUAUGAGUAAUAAAUGACCUGUGAGAGGACAUCAUCAGCGCAUCGUUAGUUUUAUGUGAAUAAAGUGAAAAAUCACAAACACA